AUGUCCGACGCCGCCUCCUCCUCUGCCGGAGACAUCAACAUUACCGUCAAGGGCCCUUCCGAGCUCAAGCUCGCUCUUACUAUCAGCCCCAGCAAGACUGUCGCAGACCUCAAGGAACUCAUUGCCUCCCAGAGCGAUGCCGAGAAAGACAGGCAACGACUCAUCUUCUCUGGCAAAGUACUGAAGGAUGAAGAGACGAUUGCCAGCUACAAGAUCCAGAACAACAAUACUAUUCAUAUGGUCAAAGGAGCCGCCAAGCCUGCUGCUGGGUCGUCUUCGGCGGCGCCUCAGCCUUUGCCGACGAUGGGCACGGGGUUACAACCGGGGUCGAACCCUAUUGACAGCGUGGAGAACAUCCAUCAUGGUUUGGCAGGAUUCAACCCCUUUGCCGGUGUGCAAGGUAUCAACAAUCUCAACGACCCCAAUGCUAUGGCGGGUAUGAUGAACAGCCCCGAAUUCCUCAGAAGCAUGUCCGACAUGAUGUCCAACCCACAAGUCGUAGAACAGAUCAUCGCCUCCAACCCCCAACUCGCCUCUAUGGGUCCGCAAAUACGUCAGAUGAUGGCGUCGCCCAUGUUUAGACAGAUGAUGUCCAACCCCGAGACGCUUCGCAUGAUGAUGCAAAUGCAAGCUGGUGGCGGAGGCGGAGGACUUGGUGGACUUGGUGGGCUCGGGGGAGGGAUGUUUGGAGGCGGUGCUGGAGCGGGUGCGGGUGCUGGAGCCGGAGCAGGAGCAGGACAAACAGGCGAAGAAGCCGCUGCCGCCGACCCUUUCCCCAACCUUUUUGCUCCGGGCGCAGGUGCCGCCCGUGAAGGAGAACAAGCUCCUGGGGCUGGAGCGGGCGGAUUCCCUCCUGGUCUUGCUGCCCUCCUCGGUAUGCCCGGAGGUGGCGCCGGGACUGCUGCUGGGCAAGGAGCAGGCGCGGGUGCGGGAGGAAACCCAUUCGGCGGGUUUGACCCUGCUGCUCUCUUUGGUGCUGGAGGUGCUGGGGGCGGGUUUGGGGGAGGCUCACCAUGGGGUGCCCCUCCUGCUCCUCGAGAUGAGAGGCCGGCGGAAGAGAUUUAUGCUACGCAAUUGGGACAGUUGAACGCUAUGGGCCUGUGGGAUGCGCAGAAGAACAUCAGAGCGCUGAGGAGGACAGGAGGCAAUGUAGAAGCUGCCAUCGAGCUCAUUUUCAGCGGACAGGCUGAUCAAUAA